GCAUUUUGGGGGAAAUUUAGCUAAAAAAGGACCACUCUCUCGACAUCCGCUUGUGAGAAGCAACAAAAUCAUCUCUGCCAUUUUCUUGCCAUGCAUCUCUGCAAAAAACGACCAUUCUCUGCCAUCGCAUAUGGCUCCACCUAUGCUACCUCAUGCUCCUGCUCUGCUUUCCCUUAAACUUCAUCAUCCCAUCCAUUCUUGCUACGAGCAGAAUCAAGCAGAAAUUGAAGCAUUGACUGCUUUCAAGCUUAAUCUCCAUGACCCACUUAAGGCUUUGAAUGGGUGGGAUCCGUCCACGCCAACCCUUCCUGUGACUGGCAUGGGGUUGCAUUUACGAAUGACAAGGUCACCGAGCUCUGCCUACCUUGCCUCCAACUCAAUAUCAUAAGCAGAAAUGGUACGAGGGAGAAAUUUCACUUGAAACCUCUCCUAAUAAGCAUAAUUGGUUUGCAUUUUCAAGAAUGAAGGAUGAGAAAUUUUCCAGAUUUGCUUGCGAUUUGGAGAACGAAGAAUGAAGCAUGUUAAAAUUA